AUGCAACCAGGAAAGCAUCGUGGAAAAUUAGUGCUGUCACUCGCAAACGGUACCCAGGCUCCUGUCGUGCGCAAGGCCAGGGAUGCUCUCCGACUUGACCCCAAGGCCACUUAUCCCUUGGUCGGGGGCCUUGGAGGGCUAGGUCGCAGUCUCGCACGCGAGUUUAUUAAAUGUGGAGCGAGGAAUAUCGCUAUCAUCUCACGAUCUGGUGAUACAAAUACCGAAGCCAGGGCGACUAUAGAUAAGCUUUGUGAGCUCGGUGCACACAUAAAAGCCUACCGUGGAGACGUAGGCGACGAGAAGUCAUUCCUCGCUGCCAUGGAUCAAUGUUUGAGAGAUAUGCCUGAAAUUAAGGGAUUGAUCCACAUGGCCAUGGUGCUACGCGACAUCGGUACGUGGAAUCUAAACCGUUUCUUUGACCAUGAUCGACCGCUGGAUUUCUUCAUUAUCUGCUCAUCACUCUCUGGCAUCUUCGGUAAUGCUAGCCAGGCGCAGUACGCAGCGGGCAACACGUAUCAGGAUGCACUGGCGCACUACCGUUGUGCCCAUGGGUUAAAGGCUGGAGCUGGUAAUGUGCAGCAAUGGAAAGACGUCUUGGGCAUCCGCGAACCCGCCUUCCAUGCCCUUGUGAAAAGCUUGAUCAUCCGCCAGCAAGAUAGAGGUAAUACGUGUCCUGCUCAGGUGUGCACUGGUCUGGGAAGUGGAGACCUUAUCGCCACUCAUGGCGUGGCCCGCCCCUACUGGUUCAACGAUGCUCGAUCUGGACCCCUAGCUGCGACAAGCGUAGCGGUCCAGUCAAGCGCAGGCUCUUUUGAACAAGAGGGAGUUGUAUCACUCGAGUCUCGCCUAGCCAAAGCUGGUAGCAAGGAGCAGGCCAUUGAAAUCAUCACUGAAGCCCUGGUGAUGAAGAUAGUAGAGAUCCUGCCAAUGCCAUCUUCUGAGGUCGAUCCAAGCCGGCCCAUGUAUCGCUAUGGAGUCGACUCACUCGUAGCCUUGGAAGUAAGAAAUUGGAUCACUCGUGAAAUGAAGGCGAAUAUUCCACUCUUGGAGAUAUUAGCAGCGGAACCGGUCAAUACAUUUGCUGGUAAUAUUGCGAAAAAGAGCAAGCUGAUCAUGGAUUCGAAAUCGUAG